AGCAGAAGGGGGAAGUCCUCUGGACUCGAUCAGUGCGGGCACUUCAGAGUGGAGGAUCCUCGCGACUUCUUCUCCAAGUUUUCCUGUGGAUCUCGCGGAUCAAGCUUUCCCUGGAUUUAUGUGGCCGCAGAUCUGAGCGGAUCGCGAGGUUUUCCACUAGCUGUGGGGUUUGUCGAGGCUGAUCGGAGGUCGAGGGUUUGGCGGCGUGUCGCGGUGCUUGGCUCCGCUCUCCAGGAUCACACGCGCACCGAGAGAUGAUGGCCUCUUGUCCGGCGGCGGUCGGCCCGUGCCGCGCUGCACUACUACUGCUACCACUUCUCAUCUCCCCCAUCCUCGCACAGGAAAACAACUUGUUACUGACUGAAGUGGAAAGAAGAGGAGAUGCUAACCAAGUAGAUGAAAUACCCACAGAUGAAGUAGAAUCUCCAACAGACUCUAGAUUCAACGAGACAGAACGAGUGACGUUGAGAAUAAAAGAAGUCGACAUAGAAGAUCCGACUGUGAGAGAUCUGCUGGAUCAGCUCGAUCUUGUUGGAUCCACAGAGUCGACUGAUCUACCUCAGACGGAAACAACCGAUGGUGAUCAUGAUAUCUUGGAAGCACCAUCUGUGGAAAAGGAGUUACCCACCAGCGCUGAAGAAGAAUUCCCAACAAAGCCUUUGGAAUCUCCAACUGAUGAGAAGGAACUACCCACAGAUUUUAAGAACACAGAAUGGGAAGGCAAAGAAGAGUUCCCCACAGUGGUGCAUACCUUUGCUCGUGCAGAGGUUGCAACAGAAGAGCGUGACUUCACAGAGAAGCAUAUGGACAUGCCGGUUAUUAUUUCAGAGGAGGAGGCAGCAACAGAAAGUCUGGAAGUCCCAACAGAUGAGAUAGAGUCACCAACAGACGAAUUCCUGGAACUGCCAACUGUCGAUCACCGAAUGUCUCAUCCUGAGGUGGCCACAGAGGUGAGGCUGUACCCAACCCAAGGAGAACAUUCAGAGAUUCCAACAGAAGCACGGGAGAUGCCCACUGACGAAGAGCUGUUGCAGGUAACACCGGACAGGUUUGAGAAUCCAACUGAAGAAAACCUGGACCUCACCACAGCAGAGGAAGGCCAGCUCGAGACACCAACAGAGGAAGACGACAAAUUCCUGAUUGUUGUCACCCCAGAGAAGCCAACUGAACAAGAGCCGACAACAAAACAAGCAACAACGACGAAACGUGAAACAGAACUACCUACCAUUGCAUUAGAAACUGUCACUCCCGACAAGGUGGACGAGGUAGAGAAGCAACUGAACCUGACCGAAAUGGACCUCACAGGAAUCCCAGAUAUUUCUGAUGAAGAGUUCUUGGAAGUUCCAGACACAGAGACAAAUGAAAUUGACGAAAUCGACAUCUCCCAACCGGACGACAACAGGGUUCCCUCCUCCUUAGAUUCUAUGGAGUUCUCUGAUGAACCUGAUUUGUCUGAGACGCCGACGAUUCACCUUACUCCUGUGCGCGACGCUCCUGACUCAUCAGAUGACGAGGACUACUUUAACGAAGAGGAGUCAGGGAGUGGAGAGAUUCCACCGUGGGAGAUUCCCGAGGUUCCUUCUGGACCAGAUCCCAUCCCUCCUACCUAUCGCCCUGAGCCUCCGCAAGGCAUACAAUAUUACAGAGUGAAAAUCAACUUCACCAGAUCCAUCCAGUACAGUGAAGCUCUAGAGAGUUACACAAACCCAGAACACCAGACGCUGUCCAGUAAUAUUCAGUAUGCGAUUGACAGAUUGUAUUUUGGAAUACCAGGAGAGCAGGAGGCCACUGUAGUGCAGUACAGUCGGGAACAAAGUCCAGGAUUGUUUGGAGACUCAGUGUUUGUCACCCUUGACCUGGGCUCACUUGGAAACGACAACGAGGUUCAACUUUUCAACAUCAUCAACAAUGCUGUGAACAGCGGCUACCUGGACUACUACGCUGUUGAUUCUGAAGGAUUUGAAUUCUAUCCUGUCAAAGCGGGACCAGGUGGGACACAAGCUCCUCCGCCGGCGUGUGAAGAUGAUGAUUUCCGCUGCGACACCGGCGAGUGUAUCCCGCGAGGUCUGGUCUGCGACGGCAUCGCACACUGUCGUGAUGAGUCGGAUGAAUCCCGUUGUGGAGAAAUGACGAAAUGUCAGAUGUUACUAGAGACCACAGACGUUAUUCCUGGUGCUUACAUCCCACAAUGUGAGGAGGACGGUUCAUUCAAGACAACCCAGUGCCACGGGUCCACUGGCUACUGCUACUGCGCUCACCCAACUGAUGGCACGCUUUAUGAAGAGACUGGCAAACGUCCAUGGGAGGAAGGCGAGGAACAUGACUGUGACACUUACUGGCAAACAGCAGGAAAAGAGAAGACGAAAUGUCAGAGGCUAGUAGAGACCACAGAGCCUAUUCCUGGUGCUUACAUCCCACAAUGUGAGGAGGACGGUUCUUUCAAGACAACUCAGUGCCACGGGUCCACUGGCUACUGUUACUGUGCUCACCCCACUGACGGCACGCUUUAUGAAGAGACUGGUAUUCGCUUGUGGGAGGGGAGAUCCAUCCCUCACAACUGUGAUACAUACUGGCAAACAGCAGGACAAGAGAAGACGAAAUGUCAGACGUUAGUAGAGACCACAGAGCCUAUUCCUGGUGCUUACAUCCCACAAUGUGAGGAGGACGGUUCAUUCAAGACAACCCAGUGCCGCGGGUCCACUGGCUACUGUUACUGUGCUCACCCAACUGACGGCACGCUUUAUGACGAGACUGGCAAGGCCCAGUGGGAGGGGGGCAUGGAACACGACUGUAACACAUACUGGCAAACUGUUGGACAGGAAAAGACGAAAUGUCAGACGUUAGUAGAGACCACAGAGCCUGUUCCUGGUGCUUACAUCCCACAAUGUGAGGAGGACGGUUCAUUCAAGACGACGCAGUGCCAUGGAUCCACUGGCUACUGUUACUGUGCUCACCCAACUGACGGCACGCUUUAUGACGAGACUGGCAAGGCCCAGUGGGAGGGGGGCAUGGAACACGACUGUGACACAUACUGGCAAACUGUUGGACAGGAAAGGACAAAAUGUCAGAUAUUAGUAGAGACCACAGAUGUUAUUCCUGGUGCUUACAUCCCACAAUGUGAGGAGGACGGUUCAUUCAAAACAACCCAGUGCUAUGGGUCCACUGGCUACUGCUACUGCGCUCACCCAUCUGACGGCACGCUUUAUGACGAGACUGGCAAGGCCCAGUGGGAGGGGGGCAUGGAACAUGCAUACGACUGUAACACAUACUGGCAAACUGUUGGACAGGAAAAGACCAAAUGUCAGACGUUAGUAGAGACCACAGAGCCUAUUCCUGGUGCUUACAUCCCACAAUGUGAGGAGGACGGUUCAUUCAAAACAACCCAGUGCCACGGGUCCACUGGCUACUGUUACUGUGCUCAUCCCACUGACGGCACGCUUUAUGACGAGACUGGCAAGGCCCAGUGGGAGGGGGGCAUGGAACAGGCAUAUGACUGUGACGCUUACUGGCAAACUGUUGGACAGGAAAAGACGAAAUGUCAGACGUUAGUAGAGACCACAGACGUUAUUCCUGGUGCUUACAUCCCACAAUGUGAGGAGGACGGUUCAUUCAAGACAACUCAGUGCCAUGGGUCCACUGGCUACUGUUACUGUGCUCAUCCCACUGACGGCACGCUUUAUGACGAGACUGGCAAGGCCCAGUGGGAGGGGGGCAUGGAACACGACUGUGACACAUACUGGCAAACUGUUGGACAGGAAAAGACGAAAUGUCAGACAUUAGUAGAGACUACAGAGCCUAUUCCUGGUGCUUACAUCCCACAAUGUGAGGAGGAUGGUUCCUUCAAAACAACCCAGUGCCACGGCUCCACUGGCUACUGUUACUGCGCUCACCCAACUGACGGCACGCUUUAUGAAGAGACUGGCAAGGCCCAGUGGGAGGGGGGCAUGGAACACGAUUGUGACACAUACUGGCAAACUGUUGGUCAGGAAAAGACCAAAUGUCAGACAUUAGUGGAGACUACGGCACCUCUUCUUGGUGCUUACAUUCCACAAUGCGAGGAGGACGGUUCCCUUCAAACAACGCAGUGUCACGAGUCCACUGGCUACUGUUACUGUGCUCACCCCACUGACGGCACGCUGUUCAGGGAGACUGGCAGGCGUUCGUGGGAGGGGGGCAUGGAACACGACUGUAACACUUACUGGCAGAGGACAGUGGUUCCCCUGACCCCACCUCCACCUAUCCCACCUCCCACACCACCACCUGUGAUUCCCGUGGUGCCAGGAGUCGGUCCAGAUGCCAGACCAGGCUGUAGGGAUGACCAGUUCAGGUGUAGGGAGAGCGGACAGUGCAUUGAUGUGAUCUAUGUCUGUGAUGGGGACCCUGACUGUCGGGACUACUCUGAUGAGGCUGAGUGUGAGGAUAGCGUUAUGCCAAGAUGUGAGCCUAAUGAGUUUGAGUGUGCCAAUGGAAAGUGUGCACAGAAGAUCUGGACCUGCGACGGUGACAAUGACUGUGGCGAUAACAGCGAUGAGAGCAACUGUCCUAUUGCCACCGCUCCCCCUGGCUCUCAGUGUCGUGGAGAUGAGUUCACGUGUUUGUCUGGAGACCAGUGCAUCCCUCAGUCCUACCAAUGUGAUGAGGAAAUUGACUGCCGUGAUCGAUCAGAUGAAAUUGGAUGCUCUGCCCCCAGUGUCCAGACCCCACCAACUGACCUGGUGCAGGUAGAGGAAGGAUCCACAGUGGUCCUGACAUGUCAGGCCGUGGGGAACCCUACUCCCAUCAUCUCCUGGAGACUGAACUGGGGCCACGUGGGGCAGCCCCCCAGGGUCACACAAGAGUACUCAGGGGGGAGGGGAACCCUGACCAUCCGGGAUGUGAGGAAGUCUGAUCAGGGAGCGUACACCUGCGAGGCCAUCAACAACAAGGGAAGCAUCUUUGCUGUGCCAGACGCAGUGUUGGCCAUCAGAGAACCAGAGGGAGCCUGUUCUUCACCUGGCACCUUUAACGCAGCUGCUGUCACAACUUCCGAGUGCCUGCAGUGUUUCUGCUUCGGUGUGUCCCAGAACUGCCGCAGUAGUGACUUCUACAGGUUCCAGUUGACUGUCCCAGAAAACAGUGGUCUGACGAUGGUGACCAGAGACAGAUCCCAGUCAGUGGACCGGUCCUACAUCCGAGCUGUACCGGCCCGUAACCAGUUCAUGGUGGAGGACAUGUCGUCUGUACCAUCUGGAGUGUAUUACUGGAACCUCCCUACUAACUUCCUGGGAAAUAUUAUUGCCAGUUAUGGAGGAAAGCUGAAGUACACCGUGUAUUACUCAGUCGGCACUGGUGACUUUGCCAGGUUUAUUGAUGCAGAGGACAUCAUUAUCAUUGGAGGAGGAGCCAUCCUGACCUACAGACACUACAACGAGCCAGUCAAUGAGCGGGAAGAAACCAUUGAGGUGGAGCUGAGGGAGAGCCUUUGGACAUCCUCAGCCCUGUCUGCCAGCCUGUCACGUGAGGACUUCAUGAUGAUCCUACAGAAUGUGGAGGCUAUUCUCAUCAAGGCUUCAUACAACUCAUUCAUGGUUACAACAAGCAUCCAGGGAAUCGAGAUGGACACAGCUGUGGAAGAGAACACGGGGCAGUCACGUGCUGUCAUGGUGGAGCAGUGCAGCUGUCCUGCUGGCUAUACUGGGCUGUCCUGUGAGCGUUGUGACACUGGCUACAUCAGACAGAACAGUGGGCGCUUCCUGGGCUCCUGUGUGCCUGUGGGUGGAUCUGGUGCCUGUAACUGUAAUGGGCACUCUUCAGACUGUGAUCAGCUGACAGGAGAGUGCAGGAAUUGUCAGCACAACACCGAUGGACCCAACUGUGAGCAGUGCAAGGCUGGUUACUAUGGUGACCCGCUGAGUGGCUUCCCUGAUGCCUGUCAGCCCUGCCCCUGUCCUCUGUCCACACCAUCCAACCAGGUUCAGGAAUGGCUGUUGUUUGAUUAUGAAAGCCUUUUUGAUGAGGACAACGAUAUCAUAUACUACACAAGAUUCUCGCCCACCUGUUUCUUGGACUCGGACGGCCAGCCCACCUGUGACGCCUGUCCACCUGGCUACACUGGCAGGAGGUGUGAAAGGUGUUCACCUGGGUACAUUGGGAACCCCACCAUCCCAGGAGACUAUUGCAAGAGAGAUAAUGUAGUGGGGCCAAUCACCCCUGUUGUUGACCGCUGUGAUGCCAGAGGAAGCAUCAGGCCUGACCCACUGGACGGACAAUGCCAGUGCAGGGAGAAUGUCCAGGGACCUGAGUGUGAUGUGUGUAAGCCCAACACCUUCCACCUGUCAGAUACCAACUCAGGCGGCUGCAUCAGGUGCUUCUGCAUGGGAGUUGGCCAGCAGUGCACCAGCACCUCCUGGGGACGUUUCCAGGUCAGAGCCAAAUUUGAGACAGCUUCCACCCAAGACUUCCAGCUGAUGAACAAAGACCAGACGAGGAUUGUAGACCAGGGCCUGACGGUCAACCCGGUCACACGGAGUCUGGUGUACCGGCAGUUCCAACAACUCCCACAGGACGUCUACUAUUGGCUGCUGCCUGAAAGCUUCCUUGGCAACAAGAUGCUGACCUCCUAUGGAGGUGUCCUCAGGUACACCCUGAGCUACCAGCCGGCCCCAGGUGCAGCACCUGUGGUGGACUUUGACGCCCAGCUUUCUGGAAACUCUAUCCUGCUGACCUUCAGGCACGAGCAACAGGCUGUCGCCAACAUCCCACGGCCCUUCAUCAUCACUUUCCAGGAGCAAUACUGGAGAAGACUGGACGGUGAGCCUGCCACCAGGGAGCACAUGUUGAUGGCACUGGCAAAUGUGGAUGCACUGAUGAUCCGAGCUACGUAUGCAACCGCCAUGAUGGAAUCAAGCAUUUCUGAUGUGUCCCUGGACAUAGCAGAGGACAGGGCAACUGGCCAGGGCCCAGCACUGCAUGUGGAACAGUGUGUGUGUCCACCUGGGUAUGCCGGACUGUCCUGUGAGGAGUGUGCACCAGGCUAUGGCAGGAAUGGCGAGGGGUUGUACCUGGGUAUGUGUGUACCAGGAGGGGAUGCUGGGACAGGUGGAACAGGUGGUACAGAUCAAACUGGCCCCGGUCAAGACUGCAGCUGCAACAACCAUGCCUAUGGCUGUGAUGACCAAGGAGUGUGUCAGAAUUGUCAGCACAACACAGAGGGACCGAACUGUGACCGUUGUCGCCCUGGUUUCUAUGGCGACCCCACCAGGGGCAAUGCAGACGACUGCCUGGAGUGUCCAUGCCCUCUGUCUAUCCCAUCCAACCAGUUCUCUCCCACCUGUUUCCUGGAUAUUGAUAGACAGCCCACCUGUGAUGCCUGCCCACCUGGCUACACUGGCAGGAGGUGUGAAAGAUGUGACUCAGGAUACACAGGCAAUCCCAGCAUCCCAGGGGACUCCUGCAGACCUGUACAAGAGAACAACUGUCAAUGUAAUGAUGCUGGCAGCUUCUCAGCUGACUGCGAUGCCAAUGGACAGUGUAACUGCAAGGAUGGAUUGACUGGGCUGCGAUGUGACCAGUGUCUUCCUGGCUACUUCUUCCUGAACCCGCGGAACCCUGACGGCUGCAUGGAGUGCUUCUGUAUGGGGGUCACUGAUCAGUGCAACAGCUCCCCCUACUUCAGGGAUCAGGUGGAGGCGACGUUCUUGCAGCAAGGAAACUUCCAGGAGUUUGCUCUGGUGAACAUGGCCAUGACACGACGUGUCACCACAGGUUUCCGAGUCAACCCCUCCUCCCGUGACCUGCAGUACCAGGGCUUCAGCCAGCUGGACAGCGACCCGUACUUCUGGCAGCUGCCCUCUUCUUUCCGGGGCAAUAAGGUGACAGCCUAUGGAGGAAGGCUGGUGUACAGUGUGUCACAUGUCCCCACUCCAACUGGCAGGCCCUUGGUGGGACUGGUUGAUGUAGAACUCAUUGGUAAUGAGAUCAUGCUGAUGUACAGACACAACCAACAACUGACUCCCAGGGAAUCCAGGACGUUUGAAGUUAUCUUUAGAGAGGAAUACUGGCAGCGAGCUGACGGGGUUCCAGCCACGAGAGAGCAGAUCCUGAUGGCGCUGGCGGACGUGGAGAACAUCCUGAUCCGUGCCUCGUACAACAGCGAGAUGCAGCAGUCGUCCAUCAGGGACGUGAGCAUGGACAUCGCCGUGCCCCAGAACACCGGACAGCUGCUGGCAGUGGAGGUGGAGGAGUGCAGGUGCCCACCUGGCUACAUGGGGCUCUCCUGUCAGGACUGUGCCCCUGGGUUCACCCGGAACGGAGAGGGGCUGUACCUGGGCAUGUGUGCACCUUGUGACUGUAACGGCCACGCCUCUACAUGUGACCCUGAGACAGGUGCCUGUCAGGGCUGUAGAGACAACACCAUUGGUGAAUACUGUGACCAGUGUGCUCCUGGUUUCUUCGGGGACCCGUCUAGUGGCAGGCCUGAUGCCUGUAGGCCCUGUCCCUGCCCACUGCCAUCUGUCAAUAACCAGUUCUCCCCCACGUGUUUCUUGGAUACCGACAGCAGACCCACCUGUGAUGCCUGCCCACCUGGGUAUUCAGGACGGGACUGUGGAGAGUGUUCACCUGGCUACAACGGCAACCCCAGAGUUCCUGGUGGUAGGUGCACCCCCAUUGGAGUUGGCCCUGGACCUGGGGUUGGCCCUGGACCUGAAGUAGGCCCUGGCCCUGGCCCAAGCCGUUAUCCCACAUAUGGAAACGUGCCUGAAAGGAUGACAGAUGAGGUUGGCCCUGGUCCAGGCCCCAUCGCCCCUCAGCAGCCUUCCAUCCAGAUCUACCCACAACAAGCCACGGAGACCGCUGGACGUUCCGCACAAUUCCGCUGUGACGUCUCUGGCGCUCCGCCGUUCCAGAUUAGCUGGGGACGCAGCGACGGCCGCCCGCUCCCGCAGCGGUACAGGCUGUCCAAUGAGAACUCAGUACUGACCAUCAGUAACUUGGAGUCUGGCGACAGCGGUUACUUCAUCUGUCGAGGCUCAAACUUGUACGGAACAGCACAGGCUCAGGCCCAACUGACAGUCACUGCCCCAACUGUCCCCAUCAGAGUGAUUGUAGAUGAGCCCAAGACCCUACAAGCCACUCAAGGACAAACUGUGCAGUUCAAGUGUAUUGCCUUCAGCCAGGUCACAUACACCCUGGUGUGGACGAAGAACGAUGGCAGUGGGCUGCCUGCAGAAGCCACGGACUUCAUGGGAAUCCUCACCAUUCCGAACGUCCAACAGCAGCACACUGGCGUCUACACGUGCACGGGCUCCAACAUGUACAGUAUUGCACAAGACUCUGCGCAGUUGUACGUCCAAGCAUUGUCCCAGAGUGACGUCAAUCCACCAGAGGUUCGCAUCGAGCCUCGCUUCCAGACCGUUAACAUCGGUGACCCCGUGCAGUUCCGCUGCAUCUCGUCAGGAUUCCCGCCACCGCAGGUGGAAUGGACGGGCGGCCACCGCGGCAUCCUCAACCCCACGUCAUCGUUUGUGGAUGGAGUCUUCAGCAUCCCUGCUGCUAUUAGGCAGGAUGAGGCUGAGUACUUCUGCAAGGCCAGGAACUCUGCUGGAGAAACUAGUGUUCGCACUGUGCUGUAUGUACGAUUGUUUGGAACUAGAGACUUAGUACAGGGUGAUUCAGGGUACUAUAUUAUUGACAAGGACAUGUCAACAAUUGAGGAAUGCACACAUGGCCAUAAGUCACCAUCCUGUGGCAAGUCGAAUAUGUCUGUACAAGGAGCACCCGAGGUCACAGUGAGACCAGAAGUGAUGGAGGUACCCGAGGGAGAACGUGUUGUGUUGGAGUGUAACGCGAGGGGCAACCCAACUCCCACGCUAUCCUGGAACAAGUACAAUGACCCCAUACCUGUUGGAGCAGUGGAAAGUAAUGGAGUGCUGACCAUUCCUCAGGCGCGGUUGUCUGACUCUGGGCACUACGUGUGCACUGGGUCCAACAGUGUGGGAACGGAACAGAAGAGAGUGGAGCUGAGAAUUUCAAGACUGCUGCAGAGGCCGCCCACAGCUGCCAUUGAGACGGUUGGUCCGGGUGGGCAGGUGUCGCAGCCGAACCUCCUCACAGCUACAACAGGGCAGACUGUACAGCUGCGCUGUGUGGUGUCAGGUGAACCUGUGCCAACUAUCACCUGGGGCAAGCAUGGAGGAGCACUGGCACAAAACCAUCAGGUGCUGAAUGACGUGCUGCGGAUUGUGAGGGUGUCCAGUGCAGACCGUGGCAUGUACGUCUGCACAGUAGACAACAUGGCCGGGGUGUCCUCUGCUUCCAUCAUGCUGGAAGUGGAAUCUCGAGACCUACCAGCCGUUCAGAUCUUCCCGACUGCAAACAUGGACCUACAGAUCGGACAGUCGACCCAGUUGCAGUGUCAGGCGACAAGCGGCCGCCCGGCGCCAACCAUCGUGUGGAGCAGGGCUGGGAAUGAGGAGUUUACAGACAGAAUAGAUGUCAGGGAUGGAGUCCUGACCAUCCGUGACGUGACCCCUGCAGAACAGGGUGCCUACGUCUGUACCGCUAACAAUGAUAUAGGGUCUAUCCAGGCUACAGCAAACAUCAGGGUGCAAGGAUAUCCACGGGUGACCAUCAGUCCCGCUGGACCGGUCAGCGUUGGGCUGGGUGAGCGGCUGUACCUGGAGUGUGUGGCCACAGGUGACCCCGCACCAGUAGUCAGGUGGACCAGGUCCGGACAACCCACAACAAGAGCCAGGGUGGAAGGAGGUGACACCCAGAACAGUGCAGUGUUGGAGAUUGACCGUGUGUCUGUGGAAGAUUCGGGAGUCUACACCUGCGAGUCUAACAACAAUAUCGGCAUCUCAGAGUCUUCUGUUCAAGUUAUCGUUUCUGAAUCACCAGUACGACCAGACGAGGUUCCAGUGGUGACCAUCACUCCUCCAUUCUCUACUGUUGUAGAAGGAGACCCUGUAGAGUUUAAGUGCACUGCCACAGGCUCCCCACCCCCACGGCUCCGCUGGCAGAAGAUCGGAGGUGCCCAGCCCCCCAGGUAUCAGGUUCAGCAGGGUACACUUACUAUCCCCAGUGUUCGCAGAGAGGACGAGGGAGAAUACUCCUGCACUGCUGUGAACUAUGCAGGGGAAGCUAGUCUGGCUGCAAGACUUGUGGUGCAAGUGAUUCCCAUGGUCAGUAUUGACCAGGAGACGAUGACCGUCUCUCCUGGAGAGGAGGUCAGACUGAGGUGCGAGGCGGAGGGGACAGAACCCAUCAUGUACGAGUGGACGCGUGUGGACGGGGACAUGAGCACGCGGGCCACCACCAGUGGAGGACUCCUGAUCAUCCAGCAGGUGACGACAGAAGACAUGGGACAGUACAGGUGUCUGAUCACCAACCCUGCUGGCAUAGCGGAGGGCUUCACCAAUAUCAUUGUCACAGCACAACCCACAAUAAAGACGAUCUCCCCUAAGGAGUCGAUGCGAGAGGCCGGCUCCACAGCUGAGUUUGGCUGUGCAGCUGCAGGGUUCCCUGUGCCCAGGAUACAGUGGAGGAAGGAGGGAGAUACCCUGCCUGAACAACAUGUCAUCUUUGGCAAUGUCCUAAGAAUUCCAAAUCUUAAGCCAGAGGAUGCUGGGACAUAUGUUUGUGUGGCAUCCAAUGAGCUGGGGUCCACUGAAGAGAAGGCCACCUUGAGUGUAGCUGGGGAAGAAGCACCUCCUGCAGUAGAAAUCAAUCUGAAGACAGCAGCACAGAUGGUGCGUAUAGGAGAGAAGGUGGAGUUUGACUGUGCAGCCUCUGGGGAGCCCAGGCCACUGAUAGAGUGGACAAAGGUGGAUGGGAGGCUACCUGACAAUGCUGAGGUUCGAGACGGCAUCCUGACCAUCCCUGCAGUAAGGCCUGGAGACGAGGGGCGGUACAGGUGCAAGGCCUCCAACAGAUUCGGGGCAUCUGAGCAGGAAGUGUCCCUCAGCCUGGAAGCUGCGCCGACCAUGACAGUAAAGCCAGAGGUGCGUAAUGUGAUGCUGGGUUCCACAGCUGUCUUCACCUGCCUGGCAAGUGGUUCUCCGCCACCUGAAAUCACCUGGAGAAAGGAGAAUGGCGACCUACCUGAUGACCACAUGAUCGAUAAUGGUGUCCUCACCAUUCCUUCGAUAACAAAAGAAGAUGCAGGUGCUUACAUCUGCUCUGCCUCAAAUGAAGAAGGAGUGGCAGAGUUCCGUGCUCUUCUGAAUGUCGGAGAGUUGAUCCCGUACUUCACCCAGACUCCCCUGUCCUACAUGACCUUCCCCACACUCCGUGAGGCCUACCUACAGUUUGACAUUGAAGUGUCCUUCAAGCCUGAAAGCACAGAAGGGUUGAUUUUGUACAAUGGACAGAAGAACGGAGGUGCAGGUGACUUCAUGUCGUUGGGACUGUCGGAGGGGUACGUGGAGUUCCGCUUCGAUGUGGGUUCUGGAGCGGCCGUCAUCCGUAGCAAGAACGCCCUGGAGCUGGGCAGGUUCCACACUGUGGUGCUGAAGAGGAACAGCAGGUUUGGUUCCCUGUCUGUGGACGGUCUCCCGGCCGUUAACGGCACGUCUCAGGGCAACUUCCGCGGGCUGGACCUGAUCGAACCUCUGCACGUGGGCGGGGUCCCUGACUACGCUGCCAUAGCAACAGCCUCUGGGUUGAAAUCUGGCUUCAUUGGCUGUCUGAGCAGACUGGAGAUCAGUGCUGCCAGUGUAAACCUGGCCAGUGAUGCCAUCAACAUCGUGGGUGUGUCCGACUGUCCCACCUGCGCCGACAAACCCUGUAAAAAUGGAGGAACCUGCGUGGAGGCAACAACGGAGUAUGGCUUCAGAUGCGAGUGUCCUGAGGGUUACAGUGGGCGGACGUGUGAAGGUGUGGGAGAGAGGUGUUAUCCAGGUGCCUGUGGACCAGGUGGCAAGUGUAACAACGAUCCUGGCCCCACAGGAUUCACCUGCUCAUGUCCCAUUGGCAGGACAGGUGUCAGGUGUGGCACAGGUAUUGUGAUUGUUGAGCCAGCCUUCAGUGGGAACUCCUUCAUUGCCUACCAGACCAUGCAGAACGUCCAGCGACAGACCCGCAUCACCAUGGAGUUCAAGUUGGACAGUCUUACAGAUGGACUGCUGCUGUUUAACGGGCAGAGGCUGGCUGGUAGUGGGGACUUCAUCUCUCUCGCAGUAAAGGAUGGAGCAGUCGAGUUCAGAUUUGAUAGUGGAUCAGGUCCGGCCGUCAUUAGGAGUUCUAAGAAUGUGAGCUUGGACACCUGGCACACCAUCAAGGCUGAGCGAGACCUCAAGGAUGGGUCCUUAAGUCUGGAUGGACUGGAAGCUACAAAGGGCCAGUCACCAGGAAACACUCAGGGCGUGAACUUGAGAAUGCCUCUGCACUUGGGAGGGAUGGAGAGCUUCGACGACCUUCCUGACAGAGUGGGAGUCACUAAGGGCCUGUUCGGCUGCAUUGCUUCUGUUGAAGUGAACUCGAUCUCACUGGACCUGGUCAAUGCUGUACUGGACAGUGCCAACAUCCAGGACUGUGGGGAGAGGACGUGUGACCGAGGGCCGUGUCAAAACGGAGCCACGUGCAUCCAGAUGGGCGACAACUACGUCUGCAGGUGCUCUCCACAGUUUGAAGGUCGUCAUUGUGAGACAGCCCUGAACCCCUGCCAGGUCCUGAAGCCGUGUCUGAACGGAGGCAAGUGUGAACAGCAGGGCAGCGACUACCUCUGCAUGUGUCCUCUGGGCUUCAAAGGUAAGGACUGCGAGGAGAAGGUGGAGCUGGCCGACUACACGGCCGCCUUCGACAGGGACGGCUACAUCCAGCUGCCCAACAAGAUGAUGGGGAGGGGCUGGUGGUCGGAGCCUGAGUACAUCGAGUUCUACUUCAGAACAACCAUGGGGAACGGAGUCAUCUUCUGGCAGGGUGUGGAGGAAGGCAGCACUGGCAGAAAUAUGGACUUCAUCUCCAUUGCUGUGAGCGAUGGAUACCUGGUUUUCAGCUAUGAACUGGGUAGUGGCGAGGCCAACAUUCAGUCUGAGGAGAGAAUCAAUGAUGGAGAAUGGCACCACGUCAAGACUGUCAGAACUGGUCAGAAUGGAGAACUCACAAUAGAUGAAGGACGACCCAUCCCUGGGAAGUCAGGUGGCAGCCUUCAGAGUGUAAAUGCAAAGGGCAGUGUAUACAUAGGUGGUAUGCCAGACAUCACCAAGCACACAGGUGACAAGUACCGGACCGGGAUGGUCGGCUGUGUCUACAACCUCAGGUUACAAAACCGGCCUCCUAUAAACUUACUACUGGACAACAUAGGGGGCUCCAAUGUCCUACCAUGUCCCACCCAACCCCCACCUCUACAGGAGCUACCCUAGCACACGUCAUAGCCUUGUUGUAUCUAAUUUGUCAGUACUCCCCCUCCCCUCACUGGUGAAAAUGUAAAAAAAAAGUGUACUUAUCACUGUAUUGGUAUAUUUAGAAUCACUUUCAUAAAAGAAUAGAAAAAUGGUGGUAUAUGUGUUUAUGUUAUAUAUAUAGAUACCAUGUAGUUUUAGUUUUGUAGGUUAUAUAUUCAGUCAACAAAAAAUGAACCAUGUGAACUCAAGUGGAAAUUUUGUACAGAAUAGUAGUAUAUGUAGUUAGUUCUUUGUAUCAUUUUUUACAAUCAAAACUGUACCCCUUGCAUGUUGGAACAUUACGGCACUGAGGUUUUUAUCCCUCAUAAGGUUUUAUGUGCUGUUUUUAAAACAUGUUUUGUGUGUAAAAAUGUGGUGCUUUUUUAUGGUCUAUACCGAUGUGAGGUAGGCCCAUUUUUUAACUACAUGGAUCUGGUGUGAUAUAGAAUUGUCAAUUGAUGUAUGUAGGCUAAGAAUGUGGUGCUAACUUCAGUGGUAUUGCAAUCCACAAAUGGUGGUACAGAGAUGUGCUAGUACAUGUAUAAGCUUGUAGUUGUCCUGUAAAUUGCUUUGGUUGAGAAUGCAGAACCUUGAACAGCACUUUACAGGAACAUUUUAUACUUUUAAAAACUUGUGUUGUUUCUUAGAAAUGAUUUUUAUAUGAUGCAACAUGCACUUUCAUAUUGAAAAACAUCAACAUAAAUUAUAUGUUUAGCUGUGUUAAUCCAGAACACCAUUUAGACAAUCACAGACAGUAAUUGGUCUACAAGAGAAAAACUGUUAUGUGGUGCGAUUUCUUGGAUUUUCUUUGGUCAGUUUGAAUUUUCUGCUCUAGUGAUAGCUUUAACUGCUGUAGUCGGGUUGUAUGUGAAUAUUUUGCAGGUACAUAGAGAAGGCUUUCACAACCCUUUGAUAUCCAUACAUGGGGGAAAACUAUUGAGAAGAAGCCAUUUUAUUUGUGGUGGAUCACUUGAUGUAGACAAGUACCAACUAAAUCCAUAUCUACUUGUAUAUUGUGUCUUAUGUAUUGUGAUUUUUUUCAAACAUAAUAAUGUAAAACAGAGGAAGAAAUGUUUGGUAAACAUCAAAACUAUACAACAUUCUCUUUUUGAGCAAUUUUUCAAAAUGGUGCAGCAGCAAGGGAAUGUUCCUUUUAGCCAGGUCUUUUGAUACAGACGUUUUUAACAGUUCCUAACUUAUUGUAUUUAUGUUUUUAAAGAUGCUCUUUGUCGUCCAAACAACCCCACACCUCAUAUGUACAAUCUUGCCUUGUGACAAAAUAUAUAGCUUGUGUUCUUCUUUACAUUAGAAACUAAUGGAUGGUUAAUGCUACCUGAGAUGAAGUACAUUUUGUUACACUGAUUGUCAACAAUAAAAAUGACAAUGAAAUA